CACAACUUUUUCUGAUUUCUUUACGAAAAUGUCCGAAAAAUUAUAAAUCCUUUGUGUUUUUGACUAGCUUUACGUCAUGUCUAUUGUUCCGGAGAAUAUCGAGGGAUUCGUAUGUGGGCAAGCAGUUAAAACAGUUUUCCGAGAAAUCGUAGUUGGCGACCGCCAUAUUGGAUCCUUCCGAGAUUAAGACUCACCUUGUUUGCUCUCUAUACAAUCAGUCAUUUAACGUGUCGAAAAUUAGUUUUCAUAUUUGUUAUUCUGUGUUGAAGAUUUUUUAGGUUUUUGUGCCGUCUAUUUUGUUUUGUUUUCGGGCAAUGCCCCCGAAAGCUGUGUGUUCGUGCGCCAAGCAUGAGGAAUGGCAUCACGCCGAGCAAAUCGAAAUGCGAGUUGCGAAUUUUUACGAACUAAACUUCUGCUCUCCUGAUACGAAGCAUGGAAAGAGGAAGAGGCAUAUUUGUGUUGCUUGCCGAGGUCGCAUUAGUGUGGAGGAAAAAUGCCGAAAAUUAACAGCCGAGACAGAUUCAGUUGCUCGUGAUUUGGAUAUUCAGCAAUCUGCAUCCUCAUGUAUGGGGACCCUCUGUUUGCCACCGAAGCCCAAAUUCAAACAGGAUUUGGAUAUCCAACAGCCUGCACCAGUAGAAAUUGACUGUGGAUGUGACAUGUCAGAAUCCCAAAUUCAAACAAUCGUAACAAAUGCAGACAAAAGCAAGAAUUCCGAGGUGAAUUUGUCGAGAGGGACCCAAGUGCCUAAUCUUCCCUUGAGGCCUUACCAGGAAGCCCAAGAUCGAACAAAGAGGGACAUGCGUUCAGAAAUCAUGGAGACACUUAAGUCAGUGGCACUUAAGUAUGUUCACUUUGAGCCUGGGCAACCAUUAGUCCAACUUAUGGAGGACAUUCUGCAAAGCAGUAGUUGGAAGCAGCUGUUUGUUACAUUGCAGCAACCUUCGCCUCAUGCAGAUCAGUUUCUUCAGGCCUUAGCUAAAGAAUUCAAAAGCUGCAAGGAUAAGGAGGCUCGAAAACAAGCAAAGAAAAAUUCAAAAGGACAGAAACAAAAACUUUUGAUUGGCAACACCAAGGACAAGAGUAAAAUUGCUAUGUUUGGAGACACACCAUUAGAUGUCAGCUCACGGGUUGAAGCAGCCAAAAAGAUUGGCAGAUUACGUCAUUAUUCCAGUGCUCUUCCAACACCAUCACAGCAGCAAGAGUACAUUGCAUCUUGUUUGGACGUGGUGGUGUACCACCUGGCGACUGAAAAUUUACUAGGCAGCGGGUCAGCCCACAAAUUCUGCAAGAAUUGACAGAACUCCUCACCCGGGAUGACAUUGCCAGAGCGUCAUCUUGCCGUGGAGUCUUGGUGAAUGGGAAAGAAACAGCUCUGCGUUACUGGCAAGAUUCCCUGAAGGACCUUUGUUUACACUCAUUUGCCAAAAAGCUUUCGCACUAACACUAUGCUGGCAGGUCUCUGCAAUUUGUGUGAUGACUUUGGUCACACAAACUUUGAUGCAAUGUGCGAACUUGUCCACAAAAUUGCUAACCUUGGAGGGGGAGAGUCAAACUCUUUUGACCCUGCCAUGGUGGUCAAGGAGCUAACGGACCAUCACACAUUCCUUAUAAGGAAUUACUCCAAGUUAGCAGAAAGACACUUUCUUGCUUAGAGCUUUGUCUUGCUUAUGCAUUUGGGACUUGUUCUGAGGAGCACCCCGAUAGUAUGCAAGAAAUGACAAAGUUUUAUCAAGUUUGUGAUAAGCUAACUACUUCACUGCAGAAUUCAACUAAUUCCACUGAAAGUGAAAAGAUUGAAAAUUAUCUUCAAGAAUCAAUCAACACACAGUGUAGUUAUGUUUCGCAUUUUUUGCGGACAAAACAUCAAGCUGAUUUCUACAAGUUUGCCUUGAGGCACUUCAAGCCUGGAGAAUGUGUUACUGUCAUGGACUAUAAAAUUAAGUUGGAACUUGGCAUGCGAACACGAGAGAACCAACGCAAUUGGUAUGGAAAACGGGGCAUUUCACUCCAUGGGUUUUAUGUUAUUGCCCAAGUACUACCAGACCAGCGAUCUGCAGAAAUGAUAGACCUGUGGUGUGAAGACACAAAACAGGACACGUGGUUCACACAGAGUGCUCUGGAUAUUGGCUUUCGCUGGCUUGAGUCUGCAUUUCCUGGAUUCAAGGUGUAUUUGUUUUCUGACAACGGGCCCCACCACCACAAUACCAGCUUGUUGGUCUACUUGGUAGAAGUGAACCAAUGCUUUGAUGUGUCUCUGGUUGAGUACAAUAAUUUUGAGGCAGGGGAAGGCAAAACCGUGUUGCACACCCAUUUUGCCCACAUUAGCCACAAGAUUGUGCGCUGGGUACGUGUUGGAAAUGACCUGGAAACUGGUGAACAAUUGGCAGAACUUGUUUCGAGCAUCAAGAAUACAUCUUCCUUUGAGCUCUUGAUUGACAGAGGAAAAGCACCAAAGAAAAUGGGUACCCUCAAGGACAUCUCCUUGUAUGGUAGCUUCACUUUUCCUCUAGAAGGCGAUUAUGCUGGAGGCUUGGUGGCCAGAUCUUUGGCAGGAGUCGGAAAGGAGGUAAAGACAACCAAGGUCCAAUUACAGUCACUUUCUGGAAGAACAGUUCCUCUUGCUGGAGCUACUGGAGCUACCAUCCAUCAACAAAUUACUCCAACAGAACGAGCAGAAACCCAGUGCACUGUGCCUGCUACUGCAUACAGUAUCAAUCUUGUGCAACAUGUACCUGAGCCCCUCAUUACUGCAAACAAGGCCAGGGAGGAUCAUUAUGUUCACAAAGAGAAGCAAUCACCAGAGGGGUUUGCCAUCAAGUAGCGAAAUGGUAAGCGGGUGACAUUUACCAUGGCACAAAAGGAGAUAAUGGUCCAAUUCUAUGACCGUCAGGCCACUCAGGGAAUUCGUGCCAACCCUAAAGAUGCCAUUGAGGUGAUGAAGCAGUGUGGAAUAGAGCCACUGAAAGAAAGCCAAAUCCGCAGCUGGCGGAGCACCUCUCACCAAAAGAGAAAGAAUGCCGCCAAUGCCCUGGCUGAAGAAAUGGCAACAUGUAGCAUCCCCUAAUCAAGAAAUCAACAGUCCAACGCUGUUGAGCCAAACACCCAGCAAACAGAACCUGAUCAACCAGUCAUGGAUCACUCAGAUGUAAGGCCAAGCCUUGUCAGGGAAGGUGAAACAUUGACUACACAGGUUAGAGAGGAAGCGUGCCCCCAGCAAAGCCCUGAACAUUUGCCACAAGGAAGCAACAGCCUGCAUACUCCUGCCUUUUUUAGGAGUGGCAAUUUCCACUACAACUGAGCCAAUCUACCAUAAAUGGUAUGUUAUGGAGAGCGCCCAUAUUUUUCUAGAGUGCGUUGCGUUACGUAAUUAUUAAAAAUAGAACGAAGAAGUUUCUAGAACAUUUAGUUAUGAUGACUAAGCGAGAACUUUAAGGAGAACCUUCUAGAACCGUGACUCAGCAUAUUUUUGUUAUGAUGUAAUCAUAGUGUAAUGUUUCUAAAAAUAGCAAUAUUACAGAUCUCUAGAACAUUCUAGAACUUUUCUGAAAGAUAUAUAAGGAGUCACGCUAGCUUAAAGAAAAAGGCCUUUUAGUGAGCUAUAACUGCUGUUGCGAAGAGCCCAGAGGAGCGAGAGCCGGACAGAGUUGUUUACUGGAAUUGAAAGCCGUGUGGAAGGCUACGUGAGAGAAAGAAUUACGGACG